CUCAAUGUGCAACAUUUAAGCACUAUGAUCAUAGGAUAGUUAACACAUUUUAAAUAAAAGACUGUAGCAAAUCAAGCUGUUAGACGUUAGUGUGUUAGUGUUUGUGACGUAAUAUUAGAGAAGAGUGGAACAACAGUGUGACAAAUGGCCUCCUGUGGAUCAGUACUCGGUUCGGCAGAGGACGAUGAGCUGACCUUGCCUCGAGCAUCCGUCAAUAAAAUCAUCAAGGAAAUACUGCCCAAUGUCCGUGUGGCAAACGAGGUCCGGGAACUGAUCUUACAUUGUUGCCGUGAGUUUAUACACCUGUUGUCAUCUGAAGCAAACGAAAUAUGUAAUCAGCGACAAAAGAAGACCAUCAAUGCUGAGCACGUGUUACAGGCACUGGAUCGACUGGGGUUUGGCGACUACAGGGCAGAAGCGGAGGAGGUUCUGAAAGACUGCAAGGCUGUUGCAGCUAAGAGGCGGCGUCAGAGCACACGCCUGGAGCACCUCGGCAUACCGGAGGAGGAACUGUUGCGGCAACAGCAGGAACUUUUUGCAAAGGCACGCGAAGAACAGGUAGCAGCCGAACAGGCACAAUGGCAACAUUUCCAAGCUGCUGUGCAAUUGGCGACAAUGCAACAGCAGCAACAGGAUGAUGAUCUGGAUGAGGACUACUGAGAGCACACCGUUGAUACUAUCUGUAACAGUUACCGGGCUGCCGGCUCGCAUCGUUUGGAAGAAGUACAACCGUAUCUAAUGUAACUGGGAAGUGGAAUGAAUAGUAUAUCUCUGCAAUUAACAAUAAAAAUGCUAAGCUUGACGAGCCUGUUAUAUAUUAAUUGUUUACGCCCUGCUGUAAAUUGUAAAACUGGGCUUCUUGUGAAUUUGUGUUUUGCAGUGUUUUUUGCUGUCCUUAUACCUCAGCCUACACCAUACUUCCAGUGAAGAGAUUCCUGUCUUGCUCUGCAUUUGUUUGCUAGAAUGAGUAAUUUUCCCUCUCUUUCUGUGCCUUAGUGCCAGCAAAAAGGAUUUUACCUUUAAGUGCAUACAACAAGCAUUACUAUUGUGGUGGUUAACUGCCACAGGUCACUGUACUGUUAAUUAAAAAACAAAGAUGAAAAACAUUUCAAAGUACUGAGCCAUUCCUCCAUAUAUUACAAAUUUUGUUAUCUGAUACUGCCUGGUAUCAGUUCAAGAGCAGUGUCUAUAUUUCUUGCUUAAAGUUGUAAUAUGAGUGAUUCCUAUAAUAUUUUUUUGCUACAGUGACAUAUCAUCACUGUAUGCUUACAAUUGCUCAAGAUACAAUUUUUCUAUGUGCCACAGCUCUCAGGUUUAUUGGUAUAUUUUUGAUUACUGAAUAUGCUCAUAUGAUGAAUAAAGCUACAAUGAAAGUAA